AAAGGGUCCUGGAUAGAUCAAAUGCCACCACCACCACCCCCUUCUCUCGGAUCCCUGAGGUUCCGAGUCCAUUCCUGUGCGAGAGCAGUCUUUGAAUUGGGUUCUGGUUUCGCUUUGGGCUGGAGAUGGGCAGGUGGGGGGUACGGAGAGAAUGGAGGGCUCAGAGGCUCUGCUCCACGGACCAGGGCCUGAAGACUGGAUUCCCCUUUUCUGACACACGUUCCACACGCCCCCCCCCCCCCCCCACACACACACCCAAGCCAGUUUGCGGACAACUGUGCGCUGAGGCCUCGGGUUCGGCCUGACGGCUGCCGAGCCAGCCUGGUCCACACGCCGGUGCUGAGAGCGCACACUCGGCCGCGCCGAGCCAGACGUCCCGCUUGCAGGGUCCGCAAACGUUCCGGGAGGACCGCAGCGGGGCUGUUGUUGUGGUUGGACUGAGUCGCUAUUCCUGAUUGGUCAGGUGUAGGGUCUUUUUAUGGGCUGGGGGGAGGCUGUGAACACCUGCAGGUUGGGGGCGGAAAGCGGCUCGCGACUCCCCUGGGCUCGCUGGCGAGGACGUGAGGUAAUGCCCAGCCAUUGACCCCCAUUUCUCUCUCUCCCUCCCUCUCGCCCUCCCUCUUUCUCUCCACCCCCAUCUUUCCUGGAAACUCGGUCUGGGCGCGGCAGACCGCCCAGGACCACGCCGCGGCCUAACUGCCGGUCUCUCGGCGAGACCCGGGGAAGCAAAGACCCGCGUCCGCGCCCUGGACCUCGGCUCCGGCCCGUGUCCAGCGGCGGCGUGGAGAUCCUGUUCAGAGGGGUCGGCCUCUCUAAAUAUGCCCCAGUCCCGCAGGGCGCUCCCAUCGGUUCUGUGGACGUUGCCCAAAGCUCCCAACUCUGGGGAGGCUGCGUCCGGGUGGCGCGGGCCGCCCGCGCCGCCGAGGACCCGGCAGCAGGAAGAAGGCCGCAGCCAUCCUGGCUAGAGCAGUCCUGACUCGGGUGGGCCCUGGCCGGGGCUGAAGGCCUUAGGGUGAGGCGCGGAGCUCCCCUGCACUGCCCUAGCAGCCGGGGGAAGUGGUUCUCUUCAUUGGCGCUGCGGGCUCUCGAGCGAGCGUACUUGGGCUCCCCCAAGGGUGUCGUGCGAGUGUGGGUGCACUGUGGGGUCUUAGGCGGUGGCUCUAGCCCUAGGUAUUCCGGGGGCUCUUUUCAUAUAAGAAACUCUGCAUUUCGGAAUUGGGAGCUGCCAGGCACCCGACGCCCCCCCCUCCCCCCCACCCCAAAGCUCCUGGGUCCCAGACUUGUGCGGGCAUACAGAAACGUUCUGGCGGCUGGCAACAAAAGUGAAAAUCUGGUGUCGGGUGCUGCGAGCUGGGUCUUGGCUGCACAAAGACGGAUGAGUUGUAGUGGUCGAAUUCAAUAAUGCCAUUCAGAUUGAAACCUUUUCUCCCUUCCCUCAUCUUCCCCAAAUAAAAACAAAUAAAUGAAAAUCACUCAGGCUUUCUUUUUAGUGAUCUUAAAUGAAGCCAAGUGAUGCGGUUAGUUCCUGAAAACUGACAACCCAAGGUGUCUGUGAGUCCUCCUGUGGCGUCGUCCCUUGGGGCACGGAUCCCUGGCCUGGGUGAUGCUGGUUGCAGAAGAACCCGCUUGGUUUUCCUGAGUUCCGGGGAGGGCCAGGCAGGGAGUGGUCCGCCACAGACCCUGGGGACCAAUCAUAGGUUUUCCACAGGGAGCCUGGGAGAUAUAGAUAUUUAUAGGUCUCUGGCAGAGCAUUUGGGGCCACGGACAACUCAUAUGGAAUAUGUACUCCCCUUACCCCUCCAGGAUCCGCUCCUAGCUCAGCGGGGGAGCCCUGGAAUUAAUCAGAGGGUAUAAAUGUGUCAUAAGGAGAGUCUGAGCUCAGUCCGAUUGCAGUGCACACCGUCUGUUGCUCGGUUAGAAACUGGGGCUGAAGCACGUGUCACUGGGCACGCCACGCAUUGGGACAGUAAGGAUGACGGAGCAGCCGCCCAGCGAGGCGGCACGCAGUGACCCCCCGCUAGAGGGACGGGAGGCGGCCGAGGCCCGCAUGGCCCCCCCGCACCUGGUCCUGCUGAACGGCGUCGCCAAGGAGACGAGCCGCGCUACCCCAGCUGAGCCCCCGGUGAUCGAGCUGGGAGCGCGCGGUGGCCCGGGGGGCGGCCCCGCGGGUGGGGGCGGCGCCGUGCGAGACUUAAAGGGCCGCGACGCCGCAGCGGCCGAAGCGCGCCAUCGGGUGCCGACCACCGAGCUGUGCAGACCUCCUGGGCCCGCCCCGGCGCCCGCGCCCGCUCCGGCACCGACGGAGCUGACCGGGGACGGCCGGAUGGUGCAGUUGAGCCCGCCCGCGCUGGCGGCCCCGGCCGCCCCCGGCCGCACGCUGCUCUACAGCCUGAGCCAGCCGCUGGCGACACUCGGCAGUGGGUUCUUUGGGGAACCAGAUGCCUUCUCUAUGUUUGCCACCAAUAACCGAGUGAAGAGGAGACCCUCCCCUUAUGAGAUGGAGAUUACUGAUGGUCCCCAUACCAAAGUCGUAAGGCGCAUCUUCACCAACAGCCGGGAGCGAUGGCGGCAGCAGAAUGUGAAUGGGGCCUUCGCUGAGCUUCGCAAGCUGAUUCCCACGCACCCCCCAGACAAGAAGCUCAGCAAGAAUGAGAUCCUCCGCCUGGCCAUGAAGUACAUCAACUUCUUGGCCAAGCUGCUCAAUGACCAGGAGGAAGAGGGCACCCAGCGGGCCAAGCCUGGCAAGGACCCCGUGGUGGGGGCUGGUGGAGGGGGUGGGGGAGGAGGGGGUGGUGCACCUCCAGACGACCUCCUGCAGGAUGUGCUGUCCCCCAACUCCAGCUGUGGCAGCUCCCUGGAUGGGGCAGCUAGCCCGGACAGCUACACAGAAGAGCCUGCACCCAAGCACACAGCCCGCAGCCUCCAUCCUGCCAUGCUGCCCGCCACUGAUGGAGCUGGCCCUCGGUGAUGGGUCUGGGGCCAUCCUGGGCCAGCCAGGAAGGUGCCCUCAGGCCGCUGGGACCGUGGGCUUCAGGGCAGGUGGGUGAAGAUUAGGCAGCUCUGAAGUAGGGCAAUGGACUUGAUGAGCUUUCCUUGAUGCCUGAACUUUGGGAAGCCCAAGCUGCCCUGGGGCUGGCUUUUUCAUUUCCUGCCUCAGUAGGAGAACAGAAAAAUGGAACAAAGUGGUAGGUACUUUUUAUGAAGACGGCACAGUCUUCUCCCUUCCCCAAAUCCUAAGACUUCUCAAGUAAGAGGCUUGAGCAGCACUGCUUUUGGCCUGGAGCUUGGAAGCCCUCCCUGUCUUUCCUGAGACCUGGGGUUGUCAGCUCUCACCUGAGGUAUUCAGCAGCCUCUGCCUUGCCUUUAGCCCCUCCCAAGCUGGCUGGGUGGCUUUUGUGGCCACACUGUCCAAAUAUAUAGGUACCCAAUAGCUGCCCAUUUCUUGAACCCCAUCUUCACUCAGGCCCAUGUUGGUCCAUCCAGCUUGCCAACUGCUGCAGAGUCACAGCCUCGAGGUGCCUUCUUCAGGGCCUGGUUGAAGAAGACGGCCAGUGGACCACCUGCUCCUGGCUAGCUGGGCCAGAGGGUCAGAAAACGAAGUAGCCCUUACUUCUUGCCCUGGGGAUUGAAGCUUUACUUUCUCCCCACUGAAACCUGCCUUCCCAAUCCUUGCAGCUGUGGGAACCAAGUCUGCAGCUGUAGGCUUGCCCUUUGGGCUUUGUGUGAUGGGCAGAGAGAGGAAACGUGAUUAGAUGAAAUUGAGCAAUUUCAUCCAAUUUCAUCCAAUUGCUAUUUGGGGCACAUGGGCUUUGAAGGCCAGUCAUGUCUCAGAGCUACCUGCUUCUGUUCUCAGCUACACAUCCCUGUUCCUGUGGUGAGCAAAUGCCCGUGUGCUGGUGGGCAUGCGCUGGUGCUGACAGUAGAUGGGAGCCCCGCCUGUGCAUUCUCCAAGAUGCUCAGAGGAACCUCCCUGCUGCAGGAUGUCUGUUAGCUAAUGGUCCUGGUUGGUGUUCUGAACCAAAAUGAGCACAAACUGUCCUAGAAAUUCCUGGCAUUUUUAUUUUCCUGGCACUUGGGACUUUUUCCAACUUCAGUGAUUGGUAGGAUCUUUAGGUCUUGAUACCACCCAGGAUCUAAUCUCACUUCUAGAACACGGGGAAUCCAGUCCAAAUCCAGGCCUUAUCUGGGACUCAAACAUACGCACAUUCACGUAGCAGAAUCUUAAACACCCCUGGACUGUGUCGCUUUCAGUCAUCAUGGGUGUAUGUGGGAGACUGGCUUAAUGCAAUAGGAGUGCCCCCCUCCAAAAGCUGUACAUGACAUUUUUGUAAAUCAAAUCUUUAUCCUUCAUCUUUUAAAGAAAUACUACCGUGAGUCUUUUUGUAAGUGAAGAAUCCUUUUGUAGAGUGGACCACUGCCCCCUCCUUGACCUUCUGUGUCAAUCCAAGUGAUGGGACAUGGUUUUCUUAAGGUGAGGCCUGCCUGUGACCUGCAUUUCAAGCUCAUGGAACCAGCUGCGCACAAAUCCUGCAUACCCGUCAUUGUACCCUCAAGUCACCCCAGCCACCCCCAACCAGGCUCUGCCUUUGAGGUCAGAGGGGAAUGAUCCGAUGGCCCUGCCCUACCCAUGGUGGUGUGAAGGAACCAGCACUGCAGCUGUUGGGAAAGGUCCCACACGUUUUGGGUUUCAGCUCAGGUCUGGCCUUCAGCGUGAGGGGGCCUCAAGUGCAGCCUCGUACUGCCAUGUGAUCCCUGCCCCCACUCCCUCUCCUUUUAGUUGUGAGGUCCACUGCGUGGGGAUGGGAGCACCAUGGUUAACUCUGUAGCACUCUCACUGUCUGUCCCAGGUCAGCCCCCCAAAAUCGUAUUUUAGUGAAUAUUAGGAAUGGUUCCUUUCUGGUACUUGGAAGCUCCUGUGAGGAAUCCCAUCUGCCUAAAGACAGAGCGCCUGUCCUAAGGCUGCACGUGCUUCCCAGUGGAUUAUUCUGACUUGGGGCCGCAGUGUGGACGGAUGCAUGGGUUUUAGGAGAUGGAUCACACAUUCUACCAGGAGCUCAACACCUGGAUCCCUCUUCUCUCAGACUCCCAGGGUGGCCUGGACAAGUUGUCUCUUUCAGUGCCAAUUUCUGGUCCAUACCCUGGCUUGCCUGUCUCCUAGGGCUCUGGUGGGGGCUGGUUGGAACCAUGAUAGUAGAAUUCUGAUACCAUAAAGAACCCUGCUGCCUACAACAGCAAUCCUGCAGUGGGGUUUCCCACCCUGAGUCCAGAAGCUAGGCAGUGGGCAAGUCUACCUGACUACUCAGCUUUGGGUGAUUUGGGUUCUAAACCAUUUUUGCCUAAGUUACUGUAUCUAGAUUGUUCUUAUUUCUUCACGAUUGACUUCAUUUCUUUCUCAUUCCAAGGCAAGGUACAAGAGCAAGAAUGGAUAAGAGAUAUGGGCACAUAGACAGAGUAUGCAAAAUGUAAUGCAACUACCUAAAAUGGGCCUGGAUAGGGAGACACAAAGCUUCAGGUCUUUGUAAGAACUAGAGAAGAUCCAUAUUUUAUUUUCAUUUCCCACCUGCACCCCCCAUACCCUUCUUUUUCCUCUGCCUCCUCCUCACGCAUGAAGAAAGGGCAACAUUCCAAGAAUAAUAUCUGUACUAAAGGGAAAACAUGAAAAGGUAAAAAAAAAAAACAAGACAUGAGAACAAAAAUGGAGGGACUCCCAUCUUUUAAGAAAAAUUUAUAUUCUUUUAUUUGUAGUGGCAAAUGACAAGAUGGUACAACCUUUAUCCUUUUUCCAAAAACAAAACCAAGGGCACAGAGUCUGUAGUCAGUCGACAACUAUCUCGGCCUUUGGGGGUGGUCUGGUCGUACUUGUGAUGUCAAUGGUACGUGGCCCCCCGCCGAAGGCUUGCCCCUGCCCAUGUACAUAGCGCAGUGCUCCUGUGGGCGGGCCCAGCACUUUCCGUCAAUGUUGUACUGUAUGUGAUGAAUUGAUGAAUUAUGUUGGUCUCCGCAUUUUUCUGCAGAAGAGGAGUAACCGCUCCAGGUACCUGACCUUUGUACUGCCCAGAGGCCACCACUGUGGGCGUGUGACUCUUUAGUGACAAAACCCAUAUGGUGAUGAUGUGUGUAUAUAUAUAAGGAUAUAUUGGGAAGAUUUCUAAAUAAAAGUUUUACAAAGGGG